UACAAAAACUUUCAUUGGUUUUAGGGUUUAUUUUGUCACAUUUCUAUCUCACCAUUUAGCCCAUCCCCUUAUUUAACUCUUUUUUUCCAAUUUCAUUCCACAUCAUCUCUAUCACCUAUCUUAAAUGUUAUCAGUACAAUGGCUGCUGAGCUUAGUUUUUUCUCUUUAACCCAACUCCAGCUCCAAAAAUUAGCUGAAUCCCAUCAAACUCAAUCCAAUUCUUGGAUGUGGAACCCUAAACGAGCUCAUGAAGAAGACGACGACGAGUCAUGGGAGGUUAGAGCCUUCGAAGAAGACACCGGAAACAUCAUGGGCACCACUUGGCCGCCUCGGUCCUAUACUUGCACCUUUUGUAGAAGAGAAUUCAGGUCAGCUCAAGCCCUAGGCGGCCACAUGAAUGUGCACCGCCGCGACCGAGCUAGGCUCCACCAACCAACCCCACCUGGUUCAUCAUCAUUAUGUAAUUCCUCAUCUGCUUUUAUAAUCCCAUCUCAAGAAUUCUCUAAUAAUGGAGGAUUGUGUCUUCUUUAUCAACUACCUAACCCUAAUGGGGUUUUCACUCCCACAGCUAUGAAUGUAUGUUCAACUGAUCAUCACUCACCUUCUACUCUUCUCUCUAUCUCACCAUAUCCGCAUAAUCAUCCUGUUGCAUCGCCGGUGGUAAAUUCUUCUCAUUUUUACUCUAGAAAAGCUGAAACAGUAGUAAACAAUAACAACAAUUUCAAAGGCUUGGGUGAAGAAGAAGUUGAUCUUGAACUCAGGCUAGGGCACAGAUCAACAACACCCUCUUCAUCACCAUGAUUAGAACCAAGAAAGAAAAACAAAAGGACUACUGAUUGUGAUUUGUUAGAGAAAAUUUUCACUUAAUUGUUUUGUAAGAUAGAGUCUAUUUUUGGUAGACUUUUAUGUCAGAUUUUUUUCCUUUCUUUUUGUUUCUCUAAUCAGUGAUAAGUAGUAUGGGAAUUAAUGAGAGGAAAUAUGUAAAUUCAGAAAAGAAAGAAUGAUUAUUUAAUUUAAUUCAA